UGUACUUUAAUAACAAGGGAGUUUAUAAGUUAAAAAUAAAUGGAAAAGUUCCUAUUACAACGAUAGUUUUAUGUCGAAAGUGUGUGUGUGAAACUUUGAGUGACUGUCUAAUUAUGAGUUCUUUACUGUCUGCAGAACUUUCAGCAACUUGCAAUGCUUUAGGGACAUUUAACAAGAAAACAGGAAAGUAUUUGAUAGAUGACUUUACUUUGAAUACAGUGAAAGAUCUUAUAAGAUAUCUGCGACGUGAUGGAGAAGAUCAUGAAAUUCGAAGACAUUUUGGACAAACUAAAGUGUUACAAACCGACUUACUGCCAAUGCUUGUGGAUCACUGGGAAAAAGAAGAACUUUUUGACGUCACCCUCAGGCUUUUAGUAAAUUUGACCAACCCAGCCCUCUUACUGUAUAGAGAAGAGGUACCAGUUGACAGGACUGCUCGACACAAUUAUUUACAAAUAUUGACACAUUUACAGUCAUAUAAGGAGGAAGCUUUUACUAAAGUUGAAACUUGGCAAGUUUUUGCAAGGAAAUUAGCUAAGAUACUGGAAAUUGAUUGGUCUGAAAGAGACGAAGACACAGGAUUGAUAAUAGAAAGAAUAUUGAUCUUAAUAAGGAAUGUCUUACAUGUUCCUGCUGACUUAGACAAGGAGAGAAGACCGGAAAAUGAUGCUAGUGUACAUGAUCAGGUUCUUUGGGCAUUAAAUCAAGCAGGAAUUUUAGAUAUAAUCUUGUACAUGUCUUCGGAAAAUGAAAAACAGUACUUCAUGCACAUUAUAGAAAUAAUAUCUCAUUUAUUAAGAGAACAAAACCCCACGAGCUUAGCAGAUGCAGCUUUACAGAGGAGUGUGGAUGAGAAACUCAGAGAUGAACAGGAGUUGUUAACUAUGAGAAUGACGGAGACCAAGGAGAGAAUGAACAAAGUAAAGAUGUAUUCAUCUACGAGGCAUUCUCGUUUCGGGGGUACUUAUGUGGUACGAAACAUGAAGUCUAUAUCAGAGAACGAGCUGAUUUCCUUUAAGCCUUUAAAUAAAAUAUCGGGCUUUGAUUUUAAUGGCAGCAAAAAAUCGAAACUAGUCAAACCCAAGAACAGAAGGCCUACCGAGAGCGGCAUGUUGGAACGAAGAUCUGCAUUCGCUAUCAGAUUGUUUCUAAAGGAGUUUUGUAUAGAGUUCUUAAACAGUUCGUACAAUCCUCUGAUGCAUUACGUGAAGGAUGUUCUGGUGAGGGCGAAAGCUCAACAGAACGACGAGUCGUACUACUUGUGGGCGAUGAAAUUCUUCAUGGAGUUCAACAGGGGACACGACUUCCAAGUUGGAUUAGUCAGCGAAACGAUGUCCGUGCCGACGUUCCACUACGUGCAGCAGCAAAUGGAAAAGUACACCGACAUGAUCAAGGUGGAGAAGAAGAAGUUCCCGGUGUGGGUGCGCCGCCUGCACCUCGCGCUGCGCGCCUACGCCGAGCUGCUGCGCUCGCUGCGCGCCCUGCAGCGCGCGCCGGGCGCCGCGCGGGAGGCGGCGCGCGUGCUGCAGAGCAACGUCUUCUACGUGCCGGAGUACCGCGAGCUCGUGCUGGCCAUGUUCCUGAACUACGACGAGAACAAGAUGCCGAGCUCAUAUUUGGUAGAUUUGGUUGAGACGGAACAUUUGUUUCUGAAAAUGCUGGAACAUUUUUGCAAGAAUACUGGACUCGUGGUGCAGAAGAAGGUGAGGAAGAAGGGAAAACCCAAAAAGCAAAAACCUCGUCCUCCCAAGCCCAAAGAAGUGGAAACGCCGCAGUGGGAGGAGGUUCGGCCGCAAGUGGCCGCCGUGCUGGCGGCGCGCGUGGCCGAGCUGCCGCCGCCCUUCGACGCGGCGGCCGACACGCCGAUAGACCAACAGAAGGAGGAUUGCAUGAAGAAGAUUCAAAAGCUGAUGCGCGAUCACAAAUACGAAGGUGCUGUCGGUACUCUACGAGCCGCAAGGGAAGUGUGGCCGGAGGAAGGAAUAUUUGGCGAUACCGGGAUAACGGAGGACGAAGAGCUCGACAUGCUGGAGACCAUUUACAACACCGACUUAGGAGUCGAAGCGGAUACAACAAUUAAUGAAGAAGAGGUAGAAGAAAAUUCCGCGUAUGAAGACGAUGACGAAGAAGGAGAAGAAGAAGAAAGAACAACGUCCGUCGUGGAAACGGAUUUCGAUUUCCAAGAUUUCGUUCUGAGGUUCUGCCAGCCGCACGUGGUGCGCGCGUGCGCGGCGCUGUGGGCGCGCUGUGACGUCACGGCGCGCGCCGCCCGCUGCGCGCUCAAGCUGCUGCACCGCAUCGCGUGCGACUGCAACCGCCCCGCCAUGAUGUUCCAGGCCUCGCUGUUCCUCACCUUCCAGAAGAUACUCAACAAGCGGAGCCCGCAGCUAAAGGAAAUGGAGAAGUUCGCCAUAUUUAUUUUAAGAAAAUUCACGGAAAUAGCAUCGAAGAACGGUAAAGUUUUUAUCGAGUUGUUAUUUUGGAAGAACUCUAAAGAGUCCGUCGAAAUCGAGCACGGCUACGAUCUCUACCGCGACCAGAGGGAUAAGCCGGGCAGGGGGCUCUGGACGGAGGAACAGGAAGAGGAACUUCGGAGCCUGUACAUGGAGAAUAUGGCGAGACCGGAAAAUGAUCAGGAUGUAAUCGACUGGAUUUUGGACAAUCUGAUCGACCAAACACGUACCAGGAGAAGUGUGAUCAAGAAGCUAAAGGAUUUAGGUCUCAUAUUUAAAGCGCCGACUAAAAAGAGUAACAGAGAGAGACAGGAGAAGGUCUCCAAAGAGUUCAACGAAGAAGAGGAUAAUCUUCUGGCCGAACUUUGGAAACAAUAUAAAGAUUCACCGGAUCCAAUGGGGCUAAUAAUCGCUCGAAUGCCCCGGAAGCGAUCGAAGCGUAGCUUUGUGGACAGGCUGCUAGAGUUGGGUCUCGUGCAGGACAAGUCGCAGUGUCGCAAGAGGCGCCAGCGAAACGCCAAGAGUGCGGGAGACGAUGGCGAUAAAUCGAACGAAAGUUCAUCCGAAUCUGAGCACUCAAGUUCUGAUGGCGAUGAUAACGUUCGACCACAAACGGCUGCUGUUAAUGUUAAACAUAAGAAGCCUUUAAAGAAGAGAGCAGAAAAUAAAAAGAAGUCAGCGAGAGUGGAAUUAAGUGCAAGUGAAAUCGCAAAACUGUUGAUCGAGGCUGUCGACAGUGGUUUGACUGAAGCACUUAAGUGGCUAGCAGAGAAUCUAGAAGAAGUAGCGCUCGAUCAAGAAGCGGAAGGUUUCGAUCCGACGUCCGAAGGAACACCGCUCGUGCCCAUUUCAAGUGAAUCCGUCGAAGCAAUGGACAACCCAUUGUUCAUGAAAGUAUUGAAGAGUGUAGGAAUAGCACCGCCUAGUGAUGAACAGGAAACGUAUUGGAGGAUACCGAGCAGUAUACACUACGACACAAUACGGAAAAGACGAGAGAUUGUCAUAAAAGCUGUCAACAAGGAGCUCAUCGUAGACAGCACCAACAAUAAUGCUGAAGGGAUACAAGAGAAAAAUAACCCAAAAGAUGAAUCCAGCGACGACGAUGACUUAUUCGAUAACCUACGUAAGAUGCGCGAUGUGAGCCCUUAUAAGAGCAACACCCCGAGUAGGAGUGUUUCGAAUAAUCGUAAAAGAAAUCGCAGCUUAAGUUCCGAUGAAGAAAAUAAUCGAAAAAUGCAGAAAAUCGAUGAAGACGAUGAUGAAGAAGAUAUAUUGUCGUUUGCGAAGAAAACGUUACAGCGCGCCGACCCGCCGGCCGACCCGCCGGCCGACCACUCGGACAGCGCGGACGACGAGCCCGUCCUGUCGAGGCGCUACAAAAAACGGGUAAUUAGCGACGAUUCGGAGUGAAACUUAUUCAAAUUGUUAUAAUCUCAUUUGGAUUUUUUCUUUCUUGAAUUAAUUCGAAAUAAAUACUUGAUGGGAA